AUGGCUAAGUUAGGUUCUAUGCUUGUCAAACAUAAAGAGGAAUCGAUCAAUUGGAAGGGAUACAUAGGGCCAAAAAUUGAAGAAAAAGUGCAGCAGAAAAUUGCCAAGGGUGAGGUGUAUCCGAUCACUCCUUUGAUGAACGGAAUAUUUGGGGUUUCUAUCGGAACCACCUUCUUGAAUGUAAACAUUAUGAAGCCCAUUAUUCUUUCAAUCGGUCAGAAUGUUGUUGAUUUUGUUCAAGAUUGGUACAAAUUCCCAAUGCAAGAGCUGAUUUACUCGGGCUCCUUCUCCGGUAUAGAGACCCAUGACAUGCCAAUGGUCGCUAAUGAUGGUUUGGUUCGAUCUAUCACCGGUGAAGUUUUCCUCUCUCUUAACCCUCCCCAUACCAAGCAGCCUCCCGGCAGACCAAGAAAGAAGCGCAUUGAGUCCCAAUUUCAAGAUAAACGGACUGUCUCUUGCUCAAGAUGUCAUACUUCCGGGCACAACAGGAAAACGUGCAAAAACCCUUUGUCUUAA